GUUAUACUGCGUGGAGAGAUUUGUGCUUUCGUGUUACUUUUCGGUGAUGUGUGCGUUCAUUUCUACCAAGAAGAGCGGAAAGAGUGAAAUGAGAGAAAAAGAAACAUUAAAUUAGGAAGAUAUUGAGACAACGAAAUAUGUGCGAGAGAGACGGAAGGCGACAGAACGAACAAAUAGACUGCAUAUACAUAUGCAUCAUUUUUCCAAAGAAGCAAAAGAGAGCAUCCCAUUUUUCCUAUAUUCAAGUGAAUGUUAAAUGAAAUAUCUUGCCUCCUGGUGGCUAAUGAAAUUUGUUUGAAAAAGUGCAAAGGACAAACCAGCAAAAGUGAAACCAGCUUAUCAAGUAUUGGUAGAUCCUUAUAUAGGACCUCUAUUGAAUAGGAAUUGUUGGCAAGGCGAUGCUCACUACAGAUUCGCUGGUAUUGGCUAUCCUUGUACUGUCAAAUAUGUGCUUAAAAUUGAGUGACUAUUUGCUGCGUGAGCGUCACCAUCGUUAGUGGCAUCAGCUCUUAAAUAACUGAAAAAAAUAACAAAUGUACUGUGAGCAAUGGAUUAGAUAGAUAAUGAUAGUUAUUGGAUGAGAAAGAUUAAAAAAAGUAAACAAAACAACAGAAGAAAAGAACUGAAAUGGAUAACCUAUGGUUAAAUGUGUAAUGAGCAAAGUUUGCUAGUGAAAUAAACAGAGUUUGUGAAUGGCAAGUAAAAAACGACCAUACGUCUAAGAUUCGGUGCGACAGCAAACAAUUUCAAUAUUAAAGCGAUCAACAAAUGAGACUUACUGAAAUAAUCAUACUAGCUCUCUAUGCAUGAGUGCUAGUGUCGCUAUUUAUUGUUAGUCUCGUAACUUUGUUGAACUUCUGGAAGUAAGCGCGUACCGUGCGCAACCUACAAAUACUUUUUAUUCAUCAGAAGCUCCGUUUUUAGAAUAUGCUAGGUUUAAGUCGCCGUGGAGUUAAUGCCGGACCGCCAUUGAGUUUGCCAUCUACACUGGAGGACUCUAGUAACAAUUGGAAAGGAACACCUUCGGUUCCCACCGAUCCCUCACAACAAGGUGGUCCUGGGGGAGCUGGUGGCCCAGGUGGUCCCGGCGGUAGCGGAGUGGGUGGCCCAGGAGGCCCUGGUGGUCCCGGGGGUCAGGGUACUCCUGUGAAUAGUUUUGGUGGCCCUGGUGGGCCUAACAAUUUCGGUGGUCCAGUUUUCCCCGCUGCCGGUCAAGGUUCGCCAGCCGGUGGUUCGGCAGCGAAUAGCUAUCAAAAUGUUCCCCCUGGAACAGGAUCCAAUACACCACAAUAUACAGCGUCGCCAGCACCCUCAGGAUCGUCUACUCCGGGUCCUGGGCCACCACAGAAUGUUGGAUCCGGUUUCCCACCACCGAACGCGGGAGGCCCUGGUGGUCCCGGGGGUCCUUACAAUGGUCCUGGCGGCGGAGGUCCCGUUGCCGUAGGUCCGUUUAGUUCUCCGUCCGCAAAUGGUCCUCAGUUUGGACGACCGGGCAGUUCCGGAUCGGCUUUCGGCAGCGGCCCUCAUUUUACUUCUCCUGGGGCGCCCGGUAAUUUUGGUGGUCCACAGUUUGGGAUGCCUCCUGGCUCACCAUUUGGACAUGGACCAAACGGGCCUAACAUGGGUGGUCCAAUGGCUCAGGGACAUAUGAUGGGUGGACCACAACCCGUCGAUCGCAUGGAUCAAAGUCAAUUGAAUGUUCCAAGAAGGCAUGCAUACUUCGGACAACCUGACUAUAGAAUAUAUGAACUAAACAAGCGAUUGCAACAAAGAACUGAAGAAAGUGAUAACUGCUGGUGGGAUUCAUUUGCUAACGAGUUUUUCGAAGAUGAUGCUACUCUAACUCUAACAUUCUGUUUGGAGGAUGGACCAAAAAGAUAUACUAUAGGACGCACGCUAAUUCCACGAUAUUUUCGAAGCAUCUUCGAGGGUGGAGUUACGGAGUUGUACUUUAACUUGCGGCACUCGAAAGAAUCGUUCCACAAUACAUCGAUCACGCUUGAUUGCGAUCAGUGCACAAUGGAAACGAUUCAUGGAAAACCAAUGUACACGAAGGUGCUCACCGAAGGUCGACUUAUUUUGGAAUUUACUUUCGAUGAUCUAAUGCGGAUAAAAUCUUGGCACAUGGCAGUACGAACGCACCGGGAACUUAUACCACGUUCGGUGAUUGCUCUUCAUAGUCCUCAACCGGAUCCGGCAAUGCUGGAACAGCUGUCGAAAAAUAUCACCCGACAAGGAAUCACGAACUCAACACUUAACUAUCUGCGCCUGUGUGUAAUACUAGAACCGAUGCAGGAAUUGAUGUCCAGACAUAAAGCGUAUGCAUUAAGCCCUCGAGAUUGUUUGAAAACGACGUUGUUUCAAAAAUGGCAGCGGAUGGUCGCACCGCCGGAUGCACAAAGGCCCGCUAAUAAACGGAGAAAACGUAAAGGUUCGAGUUCGGGAGCAGGUGCAGGUAACGCUGGUCCACAGGUUCCCAGCAAAAAGCGUUCUCCGGGUCCAAAUUUUUCGCUGGCGUCUCAGGAUGUCAUGGUGGUUGGUGAACCGUCAUUAAUGGGUGGUGAGUUUGGAGACGAAGAUGAGCGGCUGAUAACGCGACUAGAAAACACACAGUACGAUGCGGCAAACUCACUUGACCAUGAUGGUCAUAAUGCAUUCGGCGGAGGCGGUGGACACAACGAUGGUGGACCUAUGAGCGGGGGUCCAAACUCCUGGCAGGUCGACCGGGGCGGUGGCGGUGGCCCUCCCAACAAUACAGGACCGGCCAAUCAAGACGGAGACAAAAAGAGCCCCUCAGUGUCGCAGUGACAAAUGUAAAAUUCAAUGCACCACCUGAACCGCAUGCUAUCAUCCGGAUGAGUGGCGUGCGUUGGUGUGUUGAGUGAUGGUCAGUUUUGGAGGAAACAAGUAUAGGCUAUAUGAUUUUUACGGGCAAAUGAUAAAAGCAAAACAGCUCGGUGCAGCUGUAGAUGAUACAAUAGCGGAUAAACCUAAUGGAU